UUACAACGGGACUGCGGUGGGCAUUCUGACACUGGGGGAGAACUAACUGCCACUGACAUCCCCAGUAACACUAAUACAGUGAUCAGUGCUAAUAAAAAGCACUGACAUUGUACUAAUGACACUAGGCACGAAGGGGUUAACAUCUGGGGCGAUCAAAGGGUUAACUGUGUGCUGUUUUAUUAACUGUGCUGUGUGUUUUUUACCAGUUAAGUAUGCUGCUUUGCAUUGCUGUGCUAUGGAGAGCAAUACAAAGCAGCAUGAUACAGAACUCUCCCCUGUCAGUGUUCCACACCGGGGCCUGGUGAUU